CGUGGCAGCAACACCAUAACUCUAGCAACCAACAAACGAACCAACCAACCAUGAUCCAUCAGAUCCUUUCUUUGGCCUUGCUCGGCUGUGCCCUGGCCGCCCCGCAAUACCCGGCUGCCGAAUAUGGCCCUCCAGCCGUGGCGUCCGCCCCCGCCCCCCUGCCCAUCCCUCCGCCACCGGAACCCCUAGCGCCUCUACCAGCCCCCGCCCCCACCUACAGCGCGCCUGCCCCCGCGCCCGUCUACAGCGCGCCUGCUCCAGCCUACAGCGCACCGGCUCCCGCGCCCGUCUACAGCGCACCGGCUCCCGCCCCGGUCUACAGUGCACCGGCUCCCGCCCCAGUCUACAGUGCACCGGCUCCCGCCCCAGUCUACAGUGCACCGGCUCCCGCCCCAGUCUACAGUGCACCGGCUCCCGCCCCAGUUUACAGCGCCCCCGCCCCUGCACCGGCCCCACUGCCGCUUCCUGCGCUGCCCGCACCUGCUCCAGUCUACAGCGCACCAGCCCCCGCCCCCGUCUACAGCGCACCUGCUCCCACCUACAGUGCACCAGCACCCGCCCCCGUCUACAGCGCCCCCGCCCCCGCCUACAGCGCACCUGCCCCCGCCCCCGUCUACAGCGCUCCGGCCCCCGCCCCCAUCCCAGCAGCACCAGCCCCCUUGCCAGCCCUGCCAGCCCCCGCCCCCACCUACAGCGCGCCUGCCCCAGCCCCCGUCUACAGUGCCCCCGCCCCCGUCUACAGCGCACCCGCCCCCGCGGUCGUCACUCCCGCAGCUCAGUACGGCCCCCCUGGAUCCUUCUAA